GUCGCCCGUGAUUGAUUCCGUUCCCUUAGUUUUCAUUUAUUAAAUUUUUAUUGUUUAUUACUUAUUCGUGAUUGUGAGACGAUACCAACACAGGUUUUUUUAUUGUUCGUCCACGCAAUAUUCUCGGAUUUUUUUUUCUUUUGUUUGAUACAUUUUCGUGUUAAUUUCGAUCCCACACGAAACAAAAUUUUUCGCGGGGUUUUUUAUGAUCCCCGUAUUGUAAUUUUAAUACAAUUUUUUGUUUUCUUUUGGUUUAUUUUAGUUGUGUUCCGGUCAUAAACGUAUAUUUGAGAGAAAAUCUUUAACAUUUCUCAACGUCAGACAAUUCCAAGUAAGUAGGCGGUGCCAAGGCGAUUUCGCAUUAAAAAAAUUAACAAUUCGUACAUCUUGUCUGCAGCCCGUGUGGGGUCCUCUGUAAGAGAGGCGCGUCGGGGUGCGUGUACGGCGCACGGAACGAGGGAAAGCGAGCAGAAGCCGUGCCACCCGCACGAUCCAGGCAGCAGCAAGAGCGGGCGUGUCUUUUUUGAGAGCGGCACGGGAUGUCUCUCCGCGUGAGUGAGGAGCCGUCGGCGUACGCCUCUCCCAGCGGGGGCACCUGGGACUCUCAGGGCUGGAACACCGUCUCGGACCCCAUGGACUCCCCGCUGUCCAACGGGAUCAUGUGCGGCGUCAGCGGCGGUGGCGCUCCCAACGGUGGCGGUGGAGGUGGUGUGGUCACGGGGAACACUUCGCCCAUUCCGACCGGCACCAGCAUGGAGGACAGCAAGACCAACCUGAUUGUGAACUACCUACCGCAGAGCAUGUCCCAGGAGGAGAUCCGCUCGCUCUUUGGCAGCAUCGGAGAGAUCGAGUCGUGCAAGCUGAUCCGCGACAAGUUGACAGCAGGCCAGAGCCUGGGAUAUGGCUUUGUUAACUAUGUGGACCCCAAGGAUGCUGAGAAGGCAAUAAACACGCUCAACGGCCUGCGCCUGCAGACCAAAACCAUCAAGGUGUCGUACGCGCGGCCCAGCUCGGCCUCGAUUCGCGACGCGAACCUCUACGUGUCGGGGCUGCCCAAGGGCAUGGGGCAGAAGGAGCUUGAGGGACUCUUCUCCCAGCACGGCCGCAUCAUCACCUCGCGCAUCCUGCUUGAUCAGCUCACGGGCCUGUCUCGCGGCGUGGGCUUCAUCCGCUUCGACAAGCGCGUGGAGGCAGAGGAGGCCAUAAAGGGCCUCAACGGGCAGAAACCGCCCGGGGCUGCUGAACCCAUGACGGUGAAAUUCGCCAACAACCCGAGCCAGAAGACCAGCCAGGCCCUGCUGUCGCAGCUCUACCACUCGCCCACGCGACGCUUCACCGCUCCACUGCAGGCCCAAAGGUUCAGGCUGGACAACCUGCUAAACAUGGCAUAUGGAGUGAAGAGCAGGUUCUCCCCGGUCACAAUAGACGGCAUGGCCAGCUCCCUUGCAGCGGGCGUGGCGGCCGCCCUGCCGGGCCACCACCACCACCAGCAUCAGCACGGUGCCGGCGGUGUGGGCUCUGCGGCCAGCCCCGGCGGGGUAUCCGGCGCCGCCGCCGUCGCGGCCGCCGCGGCCGCCGCCGCCGCUGCCGCCGCUUCUGCGGGCUGGUGCAUCUUCGUGUACAACCUGUCGCCCGAGUCGGACGAAAGCGUGCUGUGGCAGCUGUUCGGUCCGUUUGGCGCCGUGACGAGCGUGCGCCUCAUCCGCGACUUCGCCACCAACAAGUGCCGCGGCUUCGGCUUCGUCACCAUGACCAACUACGAAGAGGCGGCCAUGGCCAUCGCCAGCCUCAAUGGCUACCGCCUGGGCGACCGCGUGCUCCAAGUCUCGUUCAAGACGAGCAAGGCGCACCACCACAAGGCCUAGGCGCGCACGCGCGUCCGUUACUCCUUUGCCUGGGUGUCUUGUCCUAAACUUCCCAUUCCCAUUGCCCUCAUCCCUCCCCCCCCCCCCAGGCCUGAGCUGUGCGUGUGUCUGUGCGUGUGUCGGGGCGAGCAUGCGAGUGCGUUUGUGCGUGCGUGCUUUCUUUGGUGCACCCGUGCGUGGGCGCGUGAGAUUGUCCGCGCAAGUUUUUCGGUGGCCCCCGUGGGAUUUGAAUGAAAAAUCUCGCGGCUUGAGACCAGCGGCGGGGACGCGAAGUGUGCGCCUUGCCGCCCCGGGUGGCUACUGGAUGAUGGGGGGGACGGCUCUUACGCGCUCGCGAUUUUUUUGUUGGGUUUGGCGGUUCCCUCGACGUGUAGGAGGGGUGAGAAAAAUUAAGUGAACCAAUUGGGCGAUUGAUGCUGUGAAAAACAUGAGUGUUUGGGAAAUUCACGCGAGGUGCAGAAGUCCCUCUUUCCCCUCCAUCCUCGGUGGUGAGAAAAGCAAUAGUGGGUGCGUGCUACCUGGGGUGGGUGCGGGGAAGUGGCACACUCGUUUAAACUGCAGUCUCAAUUUGGGCACGUGCCGAGUAAAUACAGCGUCUCGGACAACGUGGCACUUGCAGGUUUGGCUGUCCAGUUCAAUUUGCAAUACAAUAAUCAGGCGGAAGGUAAUGUUGUGCACAGUAGAAUUAAGAGUGGGCUCACAGUAGUUGAUGAGAUUGCGAGUAAACUUUUGAGAGGUAAAUUUGUGUGGGUUUAGAGACUUGAGUGGAGCAAGUGAGACACUGCCAGCCCAUAGUUUUUUUUGUUGAGAGUUUUUGUUGUUGCUUUUUGUUAACGCACUUGUACUCCUGUACGCACUCGCAUGCAAUUGCCGAAUUGUAAACAGCCUAAGUGUGGGGUGGUCCAGAUUGAGUUCAGAUGGGGUCACGGUUAACAGGGAUUUAAAUCGACGUUAACCUUUCCCUUCCCAGUUAAAACAGCGGGCAAUCGUUGCUGCUGUUGAGACUGAAAAAUGUAUGCAUUUAUCCAAAAUUAGGGAGAUGAGCGAAAUUUACAAAGAAAAAUAUUUGUAAUCAAUUAGCCGAAACGUUAUGAGAGGAAGGUGGUGGUGAAAAGAAUUGUGCGUGGUUUGGCAGUCGGUCCGGAUGAACUGACUUGCGGGCGGGGAGGGAAUGGGUGGGGUGGCUGGAAUUGAGCCGUUUAAAAAGCUGUUAAGGGAUAGAGCUUUCCAUAAAAAUGAAGCAGUCUUUUAUAGCUUUUUACUUUAGGUAUAAUCUUAAUGCAUCACUUCUGUUGCAUUUGGCAAUUAUUUUGAUUUCUUCCCCCCCCCCCCCCCUUUUGUCUUGGGAUGUUGCAGAACUUGAAGUGUGCCUGGAUAAAUAUUACUUGGCCAUCUGCGUGGUUUGUGAUGAUGCUGCUGCGGGGAAGGUUACGCGGGUAAUGAUUUCGGAAAGCUUUGAUGGCUGUGUUUUAAAAGAAAAGAGGUAAUUUUUUGCUGAAAAAAUUUGCUACGAAUUCUUAAGACAAAACUAAAAUGAAACAAAAAAGGUUUAACGUUUUUUAUGACGGAUCAAGAACAAAUGAGGGGGGGGGAUCUGCACCAUUGGGAGGGGAGGCAGUAGCUGAUGGAGCUUAUUUACCCCACCUUGGAUCUGGUUACGUUAUUAUUCUGUUGCGUUAUUGUUGUGCAAACGAUGCGAUUUGCGUUAAAAAUUUUGAUCGCCCAAAUGAGCUCGGGUUUGAUUGACAAGACGACUUUUCGUGAAUUUUCACCGGUUGGGUUAAGCUGAAGUUUCGUUAAGUUUUUUUUAGGUUCGCCGAAACGUCGUACUUUUUUGAUGGACGAGUUUGUGUUUUUUUGUCGGUGCGGAUGCAUGAUUUCCCGCACUUUAUGGUUGAAAACUUGCCAUAUCUCGCCAACAAAUAUUGAGGGGGCACUGUGCAAGGUUUUAUUUAUGUUUAUUUAUAUUUUUGCUGUCAUUGUUUUGAUGUUUACAUUCGCGGAAAAUGUGAAUCGACGCUGUGCGGUGGAAACUGUUCUCAUGAUCGACUUCAACAAAUGUUGGGGAUCUUGCCAGAUUGCUAAUCCUUGGCAACAUAUCAUAAAAGCAUUGUUUUUCUUCCAUUUAAUGACUUUAUGUUAUAAUGCCUUUUUGUAUUUUUUAUUAUUAUAAGUAUUCCCUCCAGCCUUUGCAGUUUGCCAGGAAGUAGUGUUUGUGAUUACACAACAGCAGUGCAAUUUAAACAAAACAAAAAACCAAAAAGCUAAAAAAAAAAGUUUAAACAUUUCCCAAGUUUGUUUUAUUUAUAAUAAUCAGUACACUUUUGAUGGUGUACCACUAAGCACGUUCUGCUACAAAGGGUGAUCAACUUUGCCAAAGAGAACAAGGAAACUCUUUGCUUUUUGCCGUGUAAAAUCUAUUUUUGUAAGCGCAAACAUUGGCGAUGUUUGAGUCCAGACUUAAAUUCGGUGUGGGGCUGGUGGUGUCUCGAGUGGCGACAUCGGGAGUGGACUGUGGGCAGCAAGUGUAACAAGAUGUAUGCGAAUUUAGUUUUUUUUGUAACUGCCCAGACUUAACAAAACGACGGCCAACUGACUAAAUUAUCAAAGUUUUAAAAUCGCGUCGAAAAUUACGCCUGCCCCCCACCACCACCACUCAUUCAGAAUUUUUCUUUUUAUUCUCAAUACACCGAUUCCCCAGAUUCAGAUCCCCUGUGGGGCGUGAAAAAAACCCGUUUAGGACACAGCUGUGCAUGUCAAGAAGUGUGGUGGCGAGUGAUGGUCCAAUUAAAGCCAUUUCGAUAAUAGCCUGCGUGGAAAUUGGUCUCUUUAACACCAAAGGAAGGGGGGAGGAUGGUUUUGUUUCAACUAUCUGUCUUGCAAGGUGCAUAGUUGCACGAAGCCUGCUGACAAUCUGUCUGAGAAGGGGAGGUGGGUUGGUGUACUACGAAGCAUGGGUGGGAAAACGGCGCUUUGUCUUAGGGGGUGGUGCCCCGUGUCCUUUGUGUUGCAAUGGUUGAGGCCUAUGGACAGUUUGUCACAAUGCUGCCUUGUUGCCCACAAUUUUUCCCGAGGGGGGGGGUCAAAGGUUGAGGUUUGUCAAGCGCGUUACCAUUUGGGUGGAAGAGGGGGGGGUUGUUCGGCAGUACUCAUUGGGUCAGUGCUAUCUCGGCCAUAUAAAGUUUCUACGAGUUUCGUCUGCUUGUACUCUGCAUACACCAAGCGUUGCCAUGUAGAAUUCUGGGUAAAAAGUGUACGAGCAGAGCUGCGUUCUGGGUCUCUGCAUGUGAAUAAAAAAACAAGUAUUAAGGUCUACCAAUUAAAUUUGUUGGUACUAUUUGUUUUAAGCAAAUCUGACUGCUGAUACCCAUAAGAUCGAAAUUAGUUCAGAGUUUUCUUGAUUAAAACAAAUACUGCCCAUUGUUAUUGGUCUGGAAAGCCACUGGACUGAUGGACUAAACUGUUUAUUUAUUUAUAUGCAGAGGCCGAAUGGAGGUGUGUGCAUGAGAUGUGUGUAAUGAGUCGGGAAAUGCGGAGUGUCAAAUCUGCUGCCAGUUUUGUUUUUGAACCCUUAAGAGGGCAUGGACAAAACCACCUUGCACAUUUGUGUGCACGUGUAUUGGUGAACGUGUAUUCGCUUGCAAGGAUUAUGUUUUUUCUUCUGGGUUUUGUGCUUUUGUACCGAAGAAUCGGAUAUCUUUAUUUUGUGAGUUCCCAUAUCUUGCAUCUUCAAGAGUUGAUGUGAAAACUGUUGCUUUUCUUAAUUUAUUUUAACAGUUUACAUAUACCAUGAAGACUUCGUUUUGAAAAAUGAAAUUGCAAUUCUCAUUUUGUAUCGUAUUUUGUUGCUGUGUACAUGACAAUGUUAUAAGUUACCAAGUUGAAAUUUCUUUUGCCAAAUGUGGUUGGAAGGUCUUUUUUGUGUUGCAGGCAAGAGUGGUCUCGACAGGAUCUUCUCUCUCCGUGUGAGGCAGCGUGCGAAUCGACUGAUUGGGGGCGGCCAAAACAUUUACAGAAUGAGAUGCGAGCACUCGCACAAGACUGGUCAGUCUUAAUACAUUCAAAUUGGCAUGAAGGCUCAAUUUUCCAGCCACUAAUUGCUGUGUGCGUGUGGCUUGCUUGCCCAAAGUGCCCGAUGGAUUGGUGGACGACUUCCAUGCGUAACUGGCUGCUGUGGGUCUAGGUGGGUUGGUAGCAAGAGGUGGUCUGUGCAGCAAAUUGUUGUGCACUAUGUCAGUGGCCGCUGAUCAACGUGCAGUAUGGUCAGGUAAAACUCUGCACGACGUUUAGGGAGGGGGGGCCCUCAUCCAGCAGGCUAUUGACAAGUUUGUGCGAGUUUCCAAUCGUUUUGUGGCUUCCCAUUCUCAAAACGUGUGUGGGUGCUGUGAAAGAGGGGGUGGUGUUGGCUCGCAACUGUCGAUUCUUUCUGAAGAUGCCUCCCCAUGGUGGCGUGUAACGUUGACAACGUCUUACAUUCAUCCGUCCACACCUGGUGGUGCGAUUCGCGCAGUUAUGAGCUAAGCAACGGGUUACACGGUGCAGCGCUGCAAUUCGUUUGCUCAACACCCCCCCCCCCACCACUGCCGGCAGGAAGUGUCCCCAACUCGUGGGAACUCGAGAGAGCCGCCCCCCCCCCCCCCCGUAGAAGGUAUGUGCGGGUAGGCAGAAUUGUUUUGGGAAAAUACUGACAGCAGGCAGGAGAACUCAACCGUCGGACUACGUCAACCCCCCCCAAUAGAAUUGUUGCCAUUGGCCAAACGAGGUGGGGGUGGGUGCAGGGGGAGCAACGGAUGGUCGUCGGGACCCAUUGAACAACAGUUCCAGGUGUUGGUAGGAGUUUUUCAGCUCCAAACAAGUUCCUACAACACACAAACUGGUGUGGCACAGCGAUCUUUAAAAAUGUGUACACAACUGCGCACAGGGUUUGCGUGGUUGUGCCGUACAGCGCUCUGCUGCAAUGUGUUUUUUUCCUCGGUUUUUUUUUGCUGCGCGUGGUGGCACAGCUCUGCACCCGUGUCAACAAGAGUGAAAAACUAUCACACGAGCUUUAUUCAGGCCAGUGUAGGUUCGGGCACAGCGCCAAUAAAGUGGUUUUGUUUCCUUUUUUUGUUGUGAAGCGAGAGGUGGACACCUUGGCUAUACGCACUAAGCGAAUGUAGGGCGUUGUACUUUGGCCAAAUUAAAAACAAAAUUGAUACAAAUGCUUUGAUUUACUUUGUGAGGUCACUUUUUUUUGAGAGACGGGGUGCGGCAGGGUCGUAACGAGGCAUACACAGCUCUUACAAUCUUGAUCUUCCUUUAAUAAAAUGAAAUACAAUAAAAUAUAUAUAUUUGAAGCCUAAUAAUAGCUGGGGGGGUUGGUUGUGGAUGUGGAGGGUGUGCUUGGGUUAACGGUGCCCCACACACCCCCCGUGCCGUCUCCUGCCCCUUCUAAGCUGUGGUUAACUCUCUUUAUCGAGUGUGCCUUUGUGCCACGUCAAUGUACCUGUGUGCAUUUAUAUACAUAUUAACGAAUGGUGGCGGUGAAGCAAUGGCAUGGGGUUUUUUAAAAGAUUAAAGAAAGACUUGGAUGGUUGAGGAGGGGGGGUAACUGCGCCAUGUCGGUGUACCUGUGUAUUUCUAUACAUGUAUACAACGAACUGUGUUGUUGACGCAAUGGCAUGGGGGUGGGGAGGAGGAGGGUGUUGAAGACUGAAGAAAGACUUGGGUCGCUGAAUGGGUUGGAGUGCGCGCUUGGUGAAUUUUUUUGGCCGGGUUGCCCGCGACGGAUUGCGCGCGACUGGUUGCGCGCUGAUACUCGCACAGAGGUUGCACCAACUCGCCCCGAUGCAUUUUAAACCGAGCGAAUGGAUCGCGUGUUACCUGUCCCGCCUAAACCACUCGUGGGGAUAAAAUGUGUGCGUCCUUUGUUUAACUUUCCGCGUUUUCAUGACACGUUUUUCACCGAGAGAAUCCACAAACUGCUCGCUUUCAAAUGAUGAAAGGGUUCUUCUUGGUUCUUUCGGUAAAGUCACGUAGAAGGAAAAUAAUAAAAAAUAAAACUGUUAUUUUAUUACUUUCCUUCUACGUGACUUUACCGAAAGAACCAAGAAGAUGAAUACCUGCAGUCACGAAAGCUUUAAAUCGAAAGGGUUCUUGUUUGUCGGGACUGGGCAUGGCUUUUGGCAGAGAAGGGGGGUGUGUUUUGGGGCGGGGUACCUGCCGAUGAAAUAAUGCUGUUCGGAUUAUUAUUUCUGUUUGACAUCGGUAAUCGGUGGGUUUAUUUGCAACGACAAAUACAUAUGAAAUGCUUUUUUAAGGCCAGGGACACACGCGUGUGUGACCAUUUUUGUAGGCGUGUUUGAAGAACAAGAAGGGAAGAUUUGCUGCUCAUUAAAAAAAAACAAUUUGUGAUUUCUAGCGGGGCUGCUUCCCAAAAUGUAUUUGACCCGAGUUUGGUGUUUGAGCAAUGAACAAAUUGGUUUCGAAGUGUACGUGCUUCCACUGAAUCCUUAGCGUGGUUUCCACUCUUGGUGCAUUCGAUGAGGGUGGUAGGGGGGUGGGGACUCACGUAAUGGUCCCGUUAAUAUAUAUAAAUUGUAGGGGGAAAUGGAGGUGAUGUUUGCGUAACGUACGAAUUUCUCAAGACGUUUAAAAAAAAAACUCCGAACACGAGGUCGACUUAUCGUAAGCCAGGUCUUGUUAUCUCCCUUGCAAAACAAUCUGAACGCAAUGGGGGGGCGGGGUGGGGGGCCCUCCGUGUAUUUGCGCAAAGUUAACGUUGGGAUUAAAUUACUGUUCGUCUUGAACUUUUGAUGUUUUAACCGCGUUUUGCAUCGAGUGAAACCAGGAUCAUCUUUUCAUACUUUCAAAAGUGGGGGGGGGGGGGGGGAUGGAUGGGGGCAGGAGUGGGAAGACGACCCAAAUUCAGUCAUCGUUGAGUUCAGCUGGUUAUUAUAAAAAAGGGGCCUUUUGUCCACGUCUCUUCAGUUCGCUUCCUGCCCAGUGUAUGCAUCAUUGUUGUUGAACCCCGUACCUGUUAGUCGGUUUAAGUGACACCACAUGGUGACUUGUUAUAGUUACUGAAAUAAACGAACAAAAAAAACUACAAAACCAAAAAAUACAAAAAAAUAAUUAACAGCCGUUAUUGAUACAACAAAAGUUAUUAUUUUUUUCACGCCCGUCUUUAUACAGCGGUUGAGGCGUUCUCGAAAAACAAUAGCUACUUUGACGACACGCUAUCUUAUCACUGGUUUACUGAGGUGGGGUGGAGGGGGGAAACAAUCUGUGACAUCCGCUCGUGUUAUUGAUAAUCGCCGAGGAGUUUCUACGUCUUGAGCCAGGUGUGACGAACCGAGUGUGUCGGUGUCGGCCUACGAUAAUAGUGUUGAUGUGUUACCCAUUUAGCUGUCCCAUGAGGUGUCGGAAAAGUUGGACACAUUCUUUGCCGACAGUGUUACCUUUACAAAUCGUUUGUGUGCAACGGGGGGGGGGGGGGGGAGUGGUGGAAG